UGGUCAAAUAACAGUGUCAAUUAUCCUGAUUUUUCUCGGCUUUUAAACCCUUAUUUCUCUAAUUUUUACCCGAACAUGUCGACGAUUACGCGAAGACGAGUAGCAGGGUCGUCUGCCAAUAAUGACGACCACGCAUCCGAAAGUAGCCAUACCAGCAAACCCCACGAUAGUUCGUCUCCCUUGGCUGAGAAGAAAAUUGCUUACGAUCCCCGUGACGUGGACGACGAGAAACAAACACCCAAAUUAACACUCAUGGAAGAAGUCUUACUUCUGGGACUUAAAGAUAAACAGGGUUAUCUUUCUUUUUGGAACGACAGUAUCAGUUAUGCGCUUCGCGGAUGUAUCGUCAUGGAGUUGGCAUUUCGAGGCCGCAUCGCCAUGGUCAAGGACCCGAAUCGCCGAAAGUAUCCCAUGUCCGAUCGAUAUAUUGAAGUGAUCAACGACAAACUGACGGGCGAAGUACUGCUGGACGAAGCACUCAAAAUGAUGAAAGUGAGCGAAAAAAUGAGCGUGGCCAGCUGGAUUGAUUUGAUGAGUGGUGAAACUUGGAAUGUGAUGAAGAUUGGUUAUCAAUUGAAACAAGUACGAGAACGAUUAGCCAAAGGGCUGGUGGAUAAAGGUGUCCUUCGAACGGAGAAGCGCAACUUUUUACUAUUCGAUAUGGCUACGCAUCCUAUUGCAGACACAGCGAUAAAAGAGGAGAUUAUCAAACGAGUAUGCACGAUGCUGGUGACGCGUGUGUCUUCCUCUGCUAUUGACGCUCAAUCGGACGUCCCUCACGCCUAUCUACGAACAGUCAGCAUGAUCUGUGCCGCCUAUGCAGCCAACGUAUUAGAAAAUGCCUUGUUGUAUCUGCAACCCGACCUGCGAGAACAAGCGUUCAACAAAGUCGAUGAGCUAAUGAGCGAUUUCUCGACAUGGCCUUUUGCUGGAUCCGGCGCCAAACUCGAGGUCCCUCCUGGCAAAGAGCUGUCAUUAGAAGUGGUUGCCAGCGUUCUCGAUGUGUUGACCAAAAUGGACGCUAUUCUUUAAAUUUUUCUCUCCCCUGUUGACGCUGCAUUCAUUUACCAUUUCGACCGAAACUUUAUACAUUAUUUUCCUUCUCUCUUUUUUUCCUUCCGUUCUCCAUCCUUUCCGCCCCUCUUUAUAAGAACCAAAAAAGAAAAAAACAAAGAGAGAUAGAGAGAAAGAUAAAAAAAAGAGCAAUCUGUACCCAGCGGUCAUCUUCCUUGCUGAUCUGAUUUUAUCAUCUCAGUAGACGAUUGCUGCUAUUUCUUGUAAUUGUUCCAUUUUUCCCUUAUAAACCCAGAAAAGUUUUAAAUUGAGUAAAAAAAAACACCACAUCAGCAUGAUUUACUAUCUUUUUUUCACUCUUUGAAGCUGGCAAUGAGGGCACUGGAUUUUAUAUGAAGGAUAAGAACAAUUUCA